GUUCGAGUUGUUACUAUGGAUGCAGAGCUGGAGUUUGCCAUCCAGCCAAACACUACAGGCAAACAGCUGUUUGACCAGGUGGUUAAAACCAUAGGUUUGCGAGAAGUGUGGUACUUUGGUCUUCAGUAUGUGGACAACAAAGGAUUCCAGACUUGGCUGAAGCUUGAUAAAAAGGUUUCUGCUCAAGAAAUCAGAAAAGAGAAUCCCCUCCAGUUCAAAUUCCGUGCCAAGUUCUUUCCAGAGGAUGUGGCUGAAGAGCUGAUCCAGGACAUCACACAGAAGCUCUUCUUCCUGCAAGUGAAGGAAGGGAUCCUCAGUGAUGAGAUCUACUGUCCUCCUGAAACAGCAGUACUUCUUGGCUCCUAUGCUGUGCAGGCCAAAUUUGCAGAUUACAACAAAGAUUUGCACAAGCCUGGAUACCUCAAUUCAGAGCGUCUGAUCCCCCAAAGGGUGAUGGACCAGCAUAAACUCUCCAGAGAGCAGUGGGAUAAUAAGAAGUUAACAUCUUUUCUCUUUGUCUCACCCAGAGAGAAUGCCAUGUUGGAAUACCUGAAGAUUGCUCAAGACUUGGAAAUGUAUGGAAUCAACUACUUCGAGAUCAAGAAUAAGAAAGGAACUGACCUUUGGCUGGGGGUUGAUGCCUUGGGGCUGAACAUCUAUGAAAAGGAUGAUAAGCUGACUCCAAAGAUUGGGUUCCCUUGGAGCGAAAUCAGGAACAUCUCUUUCAAUGACAAGAAGUUUGUUAUAAAGCCUAUUGACAAGAAGGCACCAGACUUUGUGUUUUAUGCCCCUCGUCUGAGAAUUAACAAGCGGAUCCUGCAGCUCUGUAUGGGCAACCACGAGCUGUACAUGCGGCGCAGGAAGCCCGACACCAUUGAGGUGCAACAGAUGAAAGCCCAGGCCCGGGAGGAGAAGCACCAGAAGCAACUGGAGAGGCAACAACUGGAAAAUGAAAAGAAGAAGAGGGAGACAAUUGAGCGGGAGAAAGAGCAGAUGUUGAGGGAGAAGGAGGAGCUGCUGGUGAGGCUACAAGAAUAUGAGCUGAAGACUCAGAAAGCAGAGAAAGAGCUCUCCGAUCAGAUCCAAAGAGCCAUUCAGUUGGAGGAGGAAAGGAGACGAGCCCAGGAGGAGGCAGAACGCUUGGAAGCUGAUCGUUUGGCUGCUCUGCAGGCCAAGGAAGAGCUGGAGAGACAAACCAAGGACCAGAUAAAGAGCCAGGAACAGCUGGCUACAGAGCUUGCAGAGUAUACAGCCAAGAUUGCACUUCUUGAAGAGGCAAGGAGGCGUAAAGAGAGUGAGGUUGAAGAGUGGCAAAUCAGAGCCAAGGAAGCCCAGGAGGAUCUGGUAAAGACAAAGGAGGAGCUGCACCUGGUCAUGACUGCUCCACCUCCACCCCCACCACCUGUCUAUGAGCCAGUGAACUACCUUGUCCAUGAUAACUUGCAAGAUGAAGGGUCUGAGUACUCUGCCUACAGUGCAGAGUUCUCCAGUGAAGGGAUCAGAAAUGACCGCAAUGAGGAGAAGCGCAUUACUGAAGCAGAGAAGAAUGAACGUGUACAGAGGCAACUGAGGGCACUGACAGAUGAGCUGGCCCAGGCUAGAGAUGAAAAUAAGAGGACCCAAAAUGAUAUUAUCCACUCGGAGAACAUGCGGCAGGGGCGUGACAAGUACAAGACGCUGCGGCAGAUCCGGCAGGGCAACACGAAGCAGAGAAUCGAUGAGUUUGAAGCCAUGUAAUGAUGUGUAUAACAAGAAGGCAGGACUGUGGGAAGGCAGAUCUUAAUG